AUGAAAUUGGUAUUUUAUUUGUGUUUAUAUUUGGUGUUAAGUAAAGAGAAUUAGCGAAAAAAGGGAGUAGAAGUGUUAAUUGAUGAGAUAAUAAAGAGCAUGAGUUUAGAAUAAAAAAUUGGUUAAACUACUCAAGUUGAUUUUAUAUAUUUGAAUGAUGCCUAAGGAAAUACUUAAUAUAAUAAAAUAAAGGAAUGGAAUUUAGGAUCUUUGCUAGUAGGAGGAAAUGGAUGUCCUGAUGAUGAUGGUAACAUUUCCUCAACAGGAACAUGUAUGAAUGCGAAUAAUUAAUUAUGGAAAAAAGUGGCAGAUUAAGCAUUAGCUCAAGGAAUUCCUGUCACAGUAGAUAUAAGUGAAGUAGAAUCAACUACAGUGAUUAUAAAGCCAUUACUAGGUACAGAUGCUAUCCGUGGAAAUCAGCAUUCUGUUGGGGAAAUAUUAUUUCCUCAUAAUAUUGGUUUAGCAGCAUCUAACAAUGUUGAAAAUUUCAAGAAUUCAGCAAAAUGGAUGAGAGAUAGCGUGAUCGAGAGUGGAUUUAAUUUUGUAUUUUCACCCACAGUAGCAGUGUCUCAUAAUCCUUAAUGGGGAAGGUUUUAUGAGACUUUGGGAUCAAACAGCGAUAAAGUAAAAUAAUAUUCUAAAGCAUUUGUUAAAGAAGCCUAAAAUAUUGACAUUGAGACUGAACAUAUACUAGGAGUGCUCACAUCUGUCAAGCAUUUCUUAGGAGAUGGAGCUACAAUAAAUGGAUAUGAAGAAGGAGAUUCUAUUGUAGAUGAGAAAUUUAUGGAUCUUUUUAUUUAAGAUAACAUCAAAGGAUAUGAAGGAGCUAUAGAAGCAUUAACUGGCAAUAUUAUGGUCAGCUAUGAUGCAAUCAACGGGGUAGCUAUGAGUGUACAUCCUUUUGUUAAUAGCAUAUUAAAAGCAUCCUAGAGAGAAGGGGGAUUUGGGUUUGAAGGAUUUGUUAUUAGUGAUUAUAAUUCAGUCAUCAAAACAGCUUCAUUUGAUUUGCCAAGAGAAUCUUAGAAAAUGCCAUUGGAGAAAGCAUAUGCUGACUCAUUUAACGUAGGAGUUGAUAUGUAAAUGAUUUCUGAAAAUGUUGAAGAUUAUUAGACCAUGAUAGAGAAACUGAUCAAUGAAACGGAACUUGAUAAACCAAAAAUUGAUUCAAAACGUCUAGACGAUGCUGUAAAGAGAAUAUUAACGAUCAAAGAUAAAAUGGGAUUGAUUGAAUACGAUGAUAAUUUGAUAAAGAAGUAUAAUUUAUAAUAAAGAAAGAAAAUAGAAAUAAUUAAGAACAAAGAAUAAGAGUAUCAAGAUGCUUUGCAAGCAGCACUUUAAUCAUUGGUCUUGUUGAAAAAUUCAGGUAAUGCACUUCCUAUUAAAAAAACUACAAUUGAACACAUAAUUUUAUUGGGUGAUAGAUAUAUUCCUAUUGGAAAUGAAUAAUAUUAAUUAUUUUCGGAUUUUGACAAUAUUGGUGCUCAAAAUGGAGGAUGGACUAUUAGAUGGUAAGGAUAUAAUGGUAAUGAUUAUUGGUCUGGGGAUAACAAGAUUCAAUCUAAAGCUUCAUCCAUCCUGGAUGCUUUAAAAAAAAGAUUCUAAGAUGCUCAAAUUUAUUAUCCAAAAUAUUCUGAUACAACAAAUUUAGUUGCUAUUCUUGAAGAUAGAAAUAAUUUCAGAAACGAAUUAAUCGCAAAUCAGGAUUAAUUUUCUUAAGCAAACACUAUAGUCAUACAUGUUUUAGCAGAAAAUCCUUAUGCUGAGUAUAUGGGUGAUGUUAAUUGCAAAUACUGUUAAUCUUAAAAUUAAAAAGGCUGUUUAUACAACUAACGUGAUAACGUAUACUAAACUGAAUCCCAAGCUACUAGAUUAGAAAUUAAAGCAGGAGCAUAUGAAAAAUAAGUAUUAUUAUUUAAAAUAUUUAGUUAAUUAACAAUAUCCUAAAAGGUUACAGUAAGGUUAUUUCUAUCUUAAUAAGUGGUAGACCAAUGCUAAUAGAAGAUUCAUUAACCUUUAGUGAUGCUUUUAUAGCAGCUUGGCUCCCAGGAACCACAGGCGGGGAAGCUAUUGUAAUGUCAAUAUUUGGGGAAUAUGGAUUUGGAGGAACAAAUAAGACUUUCAAUAAAUUGCCGUCUCCUUGGAUUUCUACUUUAGAUUCUAUUAAAGAUUAUCCAAAAUAUGAUUCUGCUACUUUACCUAAAAUAGAAGACCCAAGAUUUGAUACAGGGUAUGGACUAUAGACAGAUAUAAUAAAUUAUUCAAUUUAAGAAUGA